AUGAGAUCGGGCAAGGCAGAUCUCAUCAAGACCGUCAGAGGUCUUGAUCAGUCUGGGCCGGGAGAGAAUGGGGAAAACCUCGACGAUCUAUGGCAAUCAUUGGCAGCAGGAGCCGAUGGCCAGUUUCACGCAGCCGAGGAGAGCAGUCUUCGAUGGCUACUGAAGUCGAUGAGCGGACCUUCACCUGCGGCAGAGACUCUACGUCGAUUCCCUCUGACCUGGACCAUUCUUGGUCGCGUGUUCCAGAGAGUACCUCUGUUUUCAUUGGCUAAAUCCUUGGCCGACAGGAAGUUCAUAUCCAUACUGCAGCGGUCCUUGAAAGAGCUUUCGAGGCCGGAGGUCGCCGAAGGGUCCCAAAAGCCGUCAAAGAGGAAACGGUCCCCACUAAAGACUUUCAAACUCGACGACUUGAAAUCUUCAGAAGCCUGCAUAGAUUGCGCAGCGACUGUGUUCCAAGCCUUGAGGGUUUUGCUUCAGCGACUGGAGGGCAACACCAGCUCAUCACAUGACAGGAUUGGCUCCGAACAUCUCAGAUCUCUUUUCUGUACUUCAGCCACAGAAGCCACGGCGAUAGCGUCUCCGGCGCUAGCCAUAUGCAACUCUCUUUUGGAGGGCCGCCUCUUCGAAGGGAUCGAGGGACGGGAUGACUGGAUUUCCACGAUAGCAUCUAUUUGGGCCUUGCAUCUACAAGGAAGUGAUGAUACACUAGAAGUGGCAACCCAUAUCCUUGGUCCCGGCACAUUGGCAUUGAGUAAACUCGAGGAUUCUCUGGGUGCUGAGAAAAGCUCAAUUCCCGAAGAGCUGAGGGCUCGUUGGAGUUCAGAUCUACAAGGCUUCCUUCACCACAACUUUAUCUUGCCAGCUCGGUCGUCAUAUCUCAACAGGCAAGAUCUCGAACCAGUAACCAGGGCGCUUGAAGUAACAAAACAGAGUAUCGACGUGUCAGCACCAGCAAUCUACUUUCUGGCUUCCGGUGCCACUCGGAUCCUUACUGAAAGCGGCACCCUGAAGGGCAAUGCUGAGUGGAUGAAACAAUUAUUCAACUCCAUCAGUAGUGCACUUCAACACCAAGGUGCAAGUGCGAGGAGUAUCUAUAAAAAUAUACUCAAGCAGGCAAGAAAGGCUUCUAUGCCAGUCGAUACAAACGAUGUACUGAAUGUCUGUCGUACAUUUGCGCUCGCCGAGGAAACCACCGACUGGGAGCUGGUUGCUCAUAUUGCACAAUGCGACCCGGACGUAUUCCAAUUGUCUGGCGUGGGCGAGAAGCUUCUGAAGGAUGUCCAACAACGAACCCUUGAUCACCAUGCCACCGAAGCAGACCAGGGGUCUAUCCUGGAGGUAAUUGAUGCUAUUGUUCGAGGAUUCCGCACUACGAGAAAUUUUUCGGCCUUCUUACGACUCUGGCUUGAACAGCUCAUUCAAACCAACCAGAAGGAAAUUCAGACUUCUCCUUGGUCCCAUAUUGGCCAAGUUGACAAGCUUCCAUCAUUUAACUCUUCACUUGUCCAGACAGAAUUAUCAUCCAGGCAACUGUUCGAAGUUCUUGCAUGGGCUGAGAAACAGCAGGCAGGUCCUGAAAACCUAUGUAUUUGGCUCGAUGCUAUUGUUAAGGGUGUCCAGAGCGUGGAGUUUCAAGAUGCCGUUGGAAAACUGGUCUGGGAACUGGCUCUCCGAGUGCAGGACUCCUCAUCUGCGAUCACAGCGUUAAAAUGGAGCGUUAUCUCCCAGGUCUUUGGCUGGCUGCCAUUAGCCGAAAGGGUGGACCGUUGGCAAGAAAUACGACGGGGCCUCACCAAAAUCCUCAAGAAAGGCGAUCUUCUAAGCCCUGAAACCCUAGAGGCGUCCAAAUGUUGUUGCCAAGUCUGGGUAUUGUUUCUUCCGGAUGGUACAGGACUUCCCGAGGUGAUUGAAAUCGCCGAUGCUUUCACCAGUCGAUUCUCAGCUGCUGCUUCUUCGCUGAAGAGCAAGAAGUUGAAGAAGUUAUCGUCCUACCUGGAUGGCCAGACAGAUGCAGGAUUCCAGGAGGCAGCAGGUAUGGAACAGUACCUAGCGUGGUACCUAAAGGGAUUCAGCAGGUUUGUUGGUCUUUAUUUUCAAAAGACCGGCAAGGUUCCCGAGUUCAUCUUCAACCUAGUUUCCCAACCGAAGGCAAACCCUACAGUGGUCGAGUCAGUAUGGAAAAGUCUACUGCUCAACGAGCAUAACUUGAAUCGGUCGAAAUUAGUGGAGCAGAUCGUUAAUCAGAUCAUCGAGUCUCUGCGAGCUUCGAUAAAUGAGGAAAGCUCCUGGCCAGGCGACAAAGGGGUGGUGUUACUGCAAGGACUGUCCAGUAUCCCUUUAGAUGCUAUAUCUCGGCCCCAGCGUGAGGCUGUGAUGGGACUUUUGAUGGAAGAGAAAACUCGCAAGAGCUUGUCACAAUCUUCCUCUCUCGAGAACUGGAAAUUGCUACUGGGCCUAUUGGCGAAGCUGAUGAGACGGCCGACGUUCUAUGAAGGAAUGUGCUUUCAGCAUUUGACCAGUAUCGCAGACGCGUUGUCGGAGGUACUUGUUCACAUGCCAGUCAGCCAGGAAGUGCUGGUUGAAUUUAUCGAGCGAUACUUCUGGAUGGCAGGUGUAACAAUCAGACAAAUGGCCGAUCACAUUGAGGAUCGCAGCCUCAAGUAUUUCUCAGAAAGCUUGGGUCUCACGGUUCUUGUGAAAGGGCCUGAGGAGUCGGCAGAGAACUCUCAACCCUUGCGAUUGAUCUUAUUAAGAGCUCUAGCCAGCGAGCUAUCCCUAUCGCCGAGCUUUAGCAACACUUCUGAGCUUCUGGCGGUAGUUGAAUCCGCUAAACGAACAUUAAGUGGCAGCAUUAGCACGGUCGUGUCGAAUUGGUUGACAGACAAGAAAUUGUUCAAAAAGUCAAGCAUGGAGGCAGACUUGUUCCUGCUUGCUUCUCUUGAUGGCGCUAAAGCUGUCUCAGACUUCCCGGGUUUAGCAAGCUUCAAAUCAUCUUCCUGGAAAAAGCUAAGCAAGAGGAGCAUGGAAGCUCUGGAAGCUGGCGACAUCAGGGGCCUUCAACUUCAGACAUUCAUAUGGCGAAAUAUGGCCAGCCAGAUGGAAGCUUCCCAUCCAACCGUCUUUCCUGAUUUAGAAGAAUCCCCCACUAAACUUCUUGUCAGUCUCUCGACUGCCUAUGUUGAAGCAAUCUCACUGGGUAUGGACUUGGAUACCAAGAUGCAAUACUUGGAAAGCCUCAUUGGGGCAUUCGCCCAAGGGACCAACACGAGUGGGCAGCUAGUUGCCAUCAAUUGCAUCGCGGAACAACUCAUAAAAACCCAAGAGGCCCCAAGUUCAGGAGUGUUCGAUUUGUCAUCUGCACAUAGCGAAUUGACUCGGUGCUUGCAUGUCACCACCAGCAAGACAAACGCCGCCGCAAUCUGCCGCAUUCUCCACACGAUCCUUGAAAAGAAGCCGCAAGCUGUUGGUCAAUGGAACGUGGAAACACUGCUGAGCACCAUUGCAGUCCUUAGCUCUCAGGGUUCGCAGUCAGCUGCUCCCUUCCUCUGGCGCUGCAAGUUGGUUGAGAUCAUCAUCAAGAAGCAUAGACUUCGACUUGAAGGUCAUUACCAUGUUCUUCUCAAUGUACUGCAGUCACUUAUCCAAGAGCUGGUCUUCGAACAAGAACCGUCAAACAGGAAGGAUGGAGGUGCACAGGAGCCCAACGCUCAUGCUUACUGCCGUCUUGUUACCCUGGUCUGCGAGCCCACAGCUGGUGCGGCAUCUCGGUCACAGCAGCACAGUGCUCUAGAUUCUGCAACAGAUGCAGCAAAACGAUCCGCGGGACGCCACAUGUACCUGGUUCUCAUGCAAUACGUCAAACUUCAGCUUGAGGCAGACGUACCACGAACCUUGAGAGACGUUCUUGAACCGGCAAUGAACUCGAUUUUUGAUAUAACACCACCAGAGGGGAGAAAGAUUCUUAAUGAUGCAAUGGAUAGCAGUGGCAGGGCUAUACUAAGGGAGAUGUUCAAGAGGUACAGCAGGUUUGGAAAAUGGAGCGGAGUUUAA